UGCGACGGUCCUCACAGUGUCACUCCCCGCAGCCGUGCUCGCGGCGGCGCUGCACGGCAGCUUGUGGGGCGGCGCGCCGCCGGAGCCCGUGGCGGUGUUGGGGGCGGCAGCUGCGGCGGGCGCGGCUGUAGCGGCCGCCACUGAGAUUUGGAAGAUGCUUGAGGGGUUUCAGGGCUGA